AUGACAGAGAAUUCUAUCUGCGACAUGACCGAACAACACAUGAAGCUGCUGUCCAAGUGCAAUUCGGGCACCGAAGAGGCACCGUAUAAAAUUAAAAAGAAGAAAGAGGCAGCAGCGUAUCCGAGUUGUGGACUAUCGUCGUUGCCAGAUGCGGUUGUUCUGAGCUGCUUGGCUCGCGUCUCGAAGUUGGAUCACCCAGCCUUAUCUAUGGUCUCCAAGAGAUACCGUUCUCUGAUGGUUUCAUCUGAGCUCUAUGAUCUACGAUCGUCGUCGAUGGGUCGGACCGAAAACUUGCUCUAUGUAUGCUUACGCACCCCUCCUGACCCAACUCUGCUCUGGUUUGUCCACACACCAACGACGAGACUGGUCCAGAUCCCCUUGUUACCCUAUAUGCCUUGGCAAGAAUCCUCUGUAGUGCUGCUGAAUCAUGGGAUUUAUGUAAUCGGUGGGAUUGUGAAUGGCAAGCCUAGCUCUGGUGUAUUUCUUCUUGAUUGUCGAGCUCACAAGUGGAGUCAAGUCCCCUCCAUGCGGGCGGCUCGGGCACCGGCUAUUACGGGCGUUGUAAACGGAAAGAUUUAUGUGGUGGGAGGCUGCGGACACAAGUAUUCCUCGGAGUGGGCAGAGGUGUUCGACCCAAAGAUGGAAACGUGGGAAACCCUGUCAGUGCCGGAGGAUGUGUUUUUCACAUUUUGUUUGAGCCGACAUUGCAUGGUGAUGGAUGACAAAAUUUACGCGGUGAGCCAGUUUAGUGAAACCAUCUGCUACUCGCCCGGUAAUGAUAAGUGGGAACAAGGGAGCCGGGAUUUAGCUGGAGGAGUAAAACGGGGUUGGUGUGUGGUAGGUAAAUUGUUAUACUCUUGUCAUGUCAGCGGGACAGUAUUGUGGUGUGAGCCAAUGGAUUUGGAAAAGAGCAAUCCAUUCACGUGGAAGGAGGUGAAAGGUUUGGAGUCUCUGCAAAACCAACUGUCUUCUUCCAGGAUGGUCCACCAUGUGUGGGGAUACAAUUCGCCCACCCUUGGUUUCAGCAAUGAGUUUGAAGACCAAGUCCCCGGGUUCAAACUGUGCAACUCUGGCCGCAACAUUUUGCUCUACUGGGACGUGCUUGUUGGGGGUUUUGAGACUUUGGAGAUUUGGUGUGCUGAGAUUUCCUUGGAGAGGCGCACCACCGGAGGCGGAGGCGGAGGAGACGAUGACAUAUGGGGUACCGUUCUUUCGUCCAAUGUUGUUAUGACUCUUGAUCCUCUUCUAUAUCGUUUUAAGGCAUUAUAUUCUCUAUCUGUCAAGGUUUGA